CAAACCCAAACGUAACGAAGAAGAAGAGAAAGCUAGAGAGAAAAUUACUAAACUAACCCUAUCUCUCUUCGUUCUCUUCUUCUCCAGCCAGAAUGUCUCCAUUACCGGCACCGAUAACAAAAACCACCACCGACAACGACGAAGACAUGCAGGAAACUGCAUUCCGGAAGAGAGGAUGCAUCUGUUUUCCAAUUCCAUGUUUCUCAUCAGAAACAUCAUCACCGUCAUGGUGGGAACGGAUUCAGAUACAAUCACCGGAGAAGAAUCAUCAUCAUCAAUGGUGGUUUCGUGGAUGGAUGAAGGUACGUGAAUUGUCAGAGAUUGUUGCAGGUCCGAAAUGGAAAACGUUCAUUCGUCGAUUCGGUAAGAAUCGGAAUAGUUAUGUUAAACAAGGUACGUUGAAUUAUGAUCCGUCGAGUUAUGCUUUGAAUUUCGACGACGGCGCUACCAGAGAAGAUGGUAAUUUUUACGGUUAUGGUGGUUUUUCGGCGAGAUAUGCAGCGGUUCCGGUGACGGAGAAAUCGUCGAUGGAUUUAAAGAAAGAAGCGCCGGUGAUCACGUGAGUUUCACGGAGAUAUGCUUUGUUUUCGUCGCAUUAUUAGUUAUUGAAAUUAGUUUAUUUUUUUGUUGAGUAUUUUUUAUUGUUUUUGUAAUUUGAUGCACAUUGCAUUGAGAAAAAAAUUAAUGGGAGAAAUUAGAAUAAUCUUUGGGAGUUUGUAAAAUCUUAUUGAAGUAUUUCGUGUAGUUAGGAAUUAGGUCGAUAGCACGAAGAAGGUGGCAAAUGAAUAUGUAAAUAAAAAAAUGAUUUGAUUCAUAUAUA